GCGGAUGGUAGAGCAUAUGAUUCUGUGUACAGUGUGUGCUGUUUGAUUCUCGAAUACGUAACGCAAGGUUAGCGCGCAUUUCCUCUAAAGCGAUUUUGUGGCGUAUUUGUGUGGUGGUAGUAUAGUGCAACCGAAAACCACAUUCAAUACGCACAACACAACCCCAUGAAUCGAAAAUUUAUUUACCAGUUCGUGGAAAGUUUUAAUUGAGUUACCAGAGUUUCCAGUACGAAUUAGUACAGAAAGAUUCUUCUUCGUACAUAGUGAGAUUUCUUCGUCGGUUUCCCUUGAUUCUGGUACAUUUUACAACCGGUUUCACAAUACAUCUGGCGACUUUCCAGCGAGCCUCAGGGAAAUCAAUGGUAAACGAGGUGGUUCUCGAAACAUCGCAAGAUAAAUUCAUGUUCAAAUUCAAGUAACAACACACGAGACCUUCUGCGAAGACUGCAACAAUAUGCAAAGAACAUUCCAACAGAAAAAAGUCCUUUCUCACGAAUCCUGCAAAAGCGAAUCAAGCUUUCCCGGCACAGUUGCACUAAAAGAAGGACCACAUGAUAAGGGCAUGAAGGAACGACACCAAACUCACCAUGGCUACUGAAAUAAGAGCUCCUUUUUGCUCGGGAUACCUUGUGGCAAAGGAGAAGUACUGAAAUCAUCCACAAACACCACACAGGUGAACGUGGGGUCAAAGGAUAAUUGAAAUAAAGAUGCAAAUAAGGAUCAUACACCGUAAGAGUAACGAAUAAGCAGGAACUGGCAGAAAUCAAACGAACACGAGUCCCAAACAACAAUGAUCUGAACGUGUUCGGUGCAAUGGAGAGAUGUCCUCCUCGCAUUCUUGUGCUUGGCAGUGCCAAUUGAUAUUUGAUAGGAAAUAAUGGUUGGAAACGUAAAACGUUUCAAGUAAAGUGUUGGUCCAGCGAAACGGCCAUUCUCCAAUUGCAUUGAACUGCGCGUUCCUUCAAACACCGUUCCGAAGUAGGACAUCACAAAAUGACAGACACUAAUCGCAGCAAACAGAGCUAUCUGCACAAACACAACGGAAAGAUCGAUCCGCAAUCAGUGCAAUCCCCACCGGGACAGCUCUCGACAGGCUCGAACACUACCGAACAUGGCCGUGCAGCCAGCCAUACCGGGGGUUCCCUGAAACGUAACAAUAGUCAUCAUCAGCGAUUGAAAAAAUCAAACACAAGCACCCUUGAACGAACCUCUAAUGGUGGCCCCGUGGAGUACGGAGCGGAUCGAACUGGUGGCAGCUUCAGCCAUCAUCAUCAUCAGCAACAGCAACAACAGACCGGAACGACCGCUACGAGAUCCGGCGCCGGUUCCAGUCUAGCCAAUAGCUGGUCGAAAACAUCCAGCAGCAGCACCUCGCAAUCCACAUCGCAUGGUCCGGCGGAGCAAACAUCACACCCACUGGACACAGCGGCCAGCAGUGGUCGACCUCCGGGGACAAAUUUAACACCCACCGUCGUCAAAACGGAAGCAUCGCUCAGUGACGAUUUUAAACGCUUCCACACACUACGCAACAGCUACGGCGGCAAAUCCAAUUUAAAUGUAAAUAACACCGACCAAACGAUAAAAUCGCAGGUCCUGCUUCACCAGCAAAAGCUGCGAGAGUACUCGCGACAACUUCCAGCACAGCAACAACAGCCGCACCAUGACAACGAUAGCUACUCAACCUGCUCCUCGUCUCAGUCGGACUACCAGCAUCCCCAGCAACCGCAGCAUCAUCAGCAGCAGCACCAUCGCCACAAGCAUCACACACACUAUCGAGUGCAUCACCAUCAACACCAUCAGCAGCAGCAACAGCAGCAGCAGCAGUAUCCCAAUGUCCAGCUGGCUCAGACCAUCUACCCCAUCUCUGCCACGGUCGCCGCAACUGCCACAUUGACACGCGCUGGCGGUGGAGGUUCGAUAUUGAAAAAUGCCAACAGCAGCACCAGCCAUCAGGACCCGGUCGGCAGCCGGAACAGCCUCAAACGAGGUCCGGGUGGAUUAAGCACGCUGUCACUCUGCAGCUGCGACGCGGAAACGGAGAUAAUACCGAAUCCAUUAAGGCCAUUAUAUCAGUACAGCCUGGACAGGAGAAAUCCUCGCCAACACACCUACACGUGCGAGCAGAACGCACAGAUUCUGCUGCGACUGGAAAAGGACCGUCAGAAGAAGUUCGGCUCCAUGGGAAAGUUGCAUCUCACCACAUCAACCGGCGACUUGAGUGUAGCACCCGCAGCGAUGCAACGACACUCGAGCAUUACGGGUGCAUCCGUACCGACCUCUUCCGUUUCGACUCCCACUCCAACGCCUCCUCCACCGGCUGCUGCCACUGGGCCGGCCGGAAAAGUCAGCGGAAACGCGUGUAAGGUGGUCGCCAACGUGCUCACAUUCGACUGCCAGCAUGGAUCGUACUCUCGGGGUGAUAAUUAUACGGAGGACGACUCGUACAGUGAAGACAUGAUACCACCUCCCCCUCCACCACUACUCAACCGACGCCCUUCCUACGGAUACGGCUGUGUGGUGCAGCAACCUGUUGCAUCCGGACCGGAACCGACACACGCAGACCAGCAGCCGAUGUACGAUCCGACCGCCCAGCCCCCCAUACCACCCGCCAACGUCGACGUGUACGGUCGUGAAGUGGACGGACUGAUUGGAACUAUGAAUCAGCCGGAUCUCUUCAACUUUGCCUCCAACACAAACGGCUCGUUGAGUGGGACACUAAAGUCAACAUUGAAAUCCGCCAAAUCGUCGACAAACGGUAAAACAACUUCCGGCUCAUUGCCCAUGCCCGCCGAUGGCAAGUCGAAGCUGAACGACCCACUUCCCGUUAUGAUGGUGGACCUGAUGAACGGUAACGGAACGGUCGCGCCACCGCUUCCGAAUGGAACUGACCCGACCGGCACGAAGCCAUAUCCGCCUUACUAUUUCGAUGAUAAUUAUCUGCAUCACCACUACUACUACCGGAAUGGGGAGACCGGUGCGGAUGUGCCACUGAAGGACGCUGGGCUGGAUGCAGCGGGGCAGAUGUAUCUCUACCAUCAGCACCAUCACCAUCCGGACGCGGUCCCCGCUGGCUACAUUACCAACUACGAUGCGCUGAAUCUUCCCGCGAAGUACAACACCAUCGGAGCGAAUGGAGAUUUACCACUGGCGGGACACUUUUCCGGGCUGGCGGGAGGCGGUGUCGGUCAUCAUGCAAGUUCCUGCAACAUCAAUCAGUACUCGGGCUCGACCAAAAGCAACCUCAUCGCUUCGCACAACCAUCACUUCUCCAACUCGAUCAGCAACUUCAACUUUAAUCCCUCGCAGUACUUUGGUUCGGCGCUGGACCCUCCACCCGGGACGACCAUCAUUCCUGGCGGCGUGAUGGGAGGGGUGAUGGGUGGUGGUGAUGGGUUUCCUUCGUCCUGCAGCCUUAACGGAACGCCCAACAAACAGCAGCCGCAUCCGUGGAAACAUCGCCAGUGUCCGAGUCGAGGUUCGAGCAGUACCGGUUCCGGAUCAUCAAAGUGGGAUCUUCCUUCGAGACAGUGGCUAGCGGUGACCUCCAUACUUCUGAUUGCCGGAGCAGCCGGAGUAGCCGUCCCACUCGCGCUCAAGGUUUCGUCCGGUGCGCCCCUCGAGGAGGGGAUGCAGGUCGCUACCCAGCUGCUCGACACAGUGCCUUUAAUCGAUGGUCACAACGAUCUACCGUGGAACAUACGGAAAUUCCUUCACAAUCAGCUAAACGAUUUUCGGCAAGUAUAAACUUUCUCUGCCUCGUGUCACAGAGUAUGUCCAAUUAGUAACUUUUUCAAUUUAGUUCAACUCCGUGGAAGAGACAUCUCCUUCGUGUGCAUACGUGUCCUGGUUGAACUGCGGUUGAACGAUGUUGUCCUAGAAUCCAAGAUUUCUGUCGGUUAUCUAGAUUUGCAAACAACUAAAGCUCAGGUCACUUUUGUCCUACUCAUUUCUAUCUGUUUGUUAUAUGGCCCAGUUUUCCAUUCGUUUACUUUCAAUCGAUUUUCUUGCAAAGUUUUAUAAGUAUCUCCGUAGUCCUUCCGCAUCCGUAUCUCUUGGAACGCUUCGCCCUGUCUUCAAAUUACACGUAAAAUGGAGCAAAGAUUCAAAUUGCAAUCUUCAUAAAUCCUUUAUCAUAAGUUACCGUAGCAUAGUCCUAUUCUCUAUAACAAGUUUGCUAUUUUUUAUGGCGUACUCAUUUUUUUUUUCUCCAUUACUAUUGACUUCAGAUACCUAGCGUACGUAUUUCUUGUACCGAAUUUAUAGAAGCAAUAACUUAUCACACCCCAGCCAUCGCCGAUCGUAAAAGGAGAGAAAAUGUUAAACCCAUUAACACGACCAUGUACGCGAAGGGCACACUGUUGAUUGAAAAAUAAUGUAAAUUAAUCUCUCUCGCCCGCGCUAAGAAGCUUAUCAGAAGCACGGCUGCUCGGGCCAACGCCCUGAGCCCGCCCGCCCAGAGCCCGACAAAAGGUGCAAGAAUGGCGAAGAAAGAUAAAAAUCAAAGUGAAAAAAGGGCACGCUGUUGUAAACGAAAUUGGAAAAAUACGCUCCUGUGCGUUGCCCUACCUUUUUUUUUUUGCAAUGGGUUAAAGCAAUGCAAAUUACCUUGCUCCGCAACAGCGCCAAACCGCUCGACCGAUCAGCCGGAAGUGCCCGGCACACCGCUGCUCCGGUUGAUGAGAAGCAGUUUUAUUGAACUUCUUCGACCGCCUUUUUUACCGCUUUCUUGCUGAUGGCUUUGGUGGCACCAGAGAGUGGAAGGUGCGCGCACAGCUUUCGAAUCACUUUCCACUUCAACGCUUCAUAGCGCCAUGGCACUCGGGGCAGCACCCGCGGAGGGUGGAGAGUGGAUCCGUCGGUUUCAAUGUUUCAAAGCGAGGCAAUAUUAAUUUACUCUCCAUCGAUUCGUUAAAAGAAUUCCCCAUCCCCCCCAAUCAUUGUGAAAUUCCCGUACCGUGGAACGUGCCGAAGGCUGUGCGUACCAGGAUUGCAUUCAAUUAAUUGGAUAACGUUAACCUUUUUGCCUGGGAAAUGAGAUAGCAGAUCCGGUGACCAAGGGGGCCUUCGCUGGAAUUCGUAAAAGAACAAACAAAAUUGCUGUCCCCCUUUUUCGGACCUUCGUGCUCGAGCGAUAAAAUAUACAAUUUAUGUACCGAUUACCGAGUUGCAGGUAGCGAGUUAGAGGUAGAGCUUUUGUUAAAGUAAUACAAUAAUGAGAAAUCGGAUCUUCAUUGCCACUAUGACGGAACCUACAGUUUAUCUCCAUUAGUUUUGCUACCAUGCCACAGACUGUGCUACAAUAGACAUUGGACAUCAAUCAAUCCCGAUUACUUUCAUUUACGGCUAAAUGUGCUAAUCAAGUACCUGUUUCUAAUCCACCUAAUGCACCGACUGACUACAAGACAAACAAUAAGAUGUCCAUUGGUCUGAUCGAAACGAUUAUCGCAUCAGGACGCAAUAGCGUCGCCGUAGUCGCAUGAUAACGAAUUAAUUGAUGUUAAGUGCUGGACGACAAUGCCCGAGAGCGAUAAAAGGAUUUAAUGGACGUUUGCAUUGCGACUGCUGAUCGCUGAUGUAAAGCUAAUCGAAUGGUAAGUGCCGUUUAUUUAGCUUAGGAUGGAGACAUUAUUUGCUUCAUUAAUAAGUUCUUAAAAUGCCACUUCGUUAAAAGCGAUACAAUAUAAGAGUUUGACCUUCGUUUAAGCUUAUCCAUGUGUCAGGUUCUUUGAGCACAUUCGUUGAAUAAGAUGUAAAGUAACAAAACACUAAUGUCAUUUACAAUAUUGCAUACCUUAAUCAUCUAAACCUAUUACUGAAAUAGAUUCCAUUUUAAUCAGGAUUUACAUCGCUCCGAAAGCGUAUAACGUUGACAUUAAUUUAUUUGUGCCUUUCUUGUUAUCUCUCUCUCUCUCUCUCCCGCGUGACCCAUUCAACUAUGUUCAUUAAUAGGUGUUGAAGGUGGAGGCCCUCUGAGUACACAGUAUAUAAUGUGUUCUCCUCCACCCGGUCCAAAACCUUGUGGUACGAUUCGAUCAAUGCGGAUGCACCAAAGUAUGACGUGCGGUCGACGGUGGACUUCACGGUUCACGGCAAGGUAAUGGUCUAUCAUUUUCCAAAAUUUGUCCCCCCACGACGCAAAGGGCCCUUCAAAAUAGAAUUUCAUUAUCACGCCAACUCUUUGAACGGUUGCAAAAUAUAAUGCUCCCCGAUGAAUCGAAUCUACCCGCGAGCGAGCUUCUUUCUAAUCUGCUGCACACCUUCAAUCGUUAUGCCAUAAUUACAGUCCAAGCGCUCCACGGGGACCAUAAAAGAUAAUUAAGAGAUUACUCACGGUUGGCCGGAAUGGAUGGACGGCCACGUCCUUCUGGCGACUGCUGCAUGUGAUGUGCUCGCUCGUGUGACCAUCGAAGAGUUAAACACCCGCAUUUUCCAAAAUUGCGAAAGGAUGGCCAGUGGCAUCGAACGUAGUAUCAGCAGCAGCAGCAGCAGGGAGUCAUUGUGGUUCCAUCGGUUGGGCCAAACCUUGGAAUGGGAAGCUAAAUUCACUUAUGCACUUUCCACUGGAACUGGCAAUAGAGUGUCCUUUUGUGGUGUAACCAUCAAAGCUUGUUGAUAUGGGUCUACCCACCUGCCUUUCGUUCUGGUCUAUGCACUUCGAUGAUAUAGAUGCUCCUAAGUACCAUGCACUAUGAUUUUAAUGCACAGAGAAUAGAUUACAUUUUUCAUUCCAAUUGCACAAAAUCUGUGAUUACCGAAGCGAUAUGAAAGAAAAGUGCAUUAAGCUUUAAAAGCUUUAAGGAGAGACCUUUCAAAUUCCUUCAAUUGACCGAUCUCACCAAUGAAACAAAGUGCAUAUCAUUAUGUUGUACGUACUAAUUGCACUUCAAUCGUCACCAACUUCAAACACAAACUAGUUCUAAAUGCACGAACACAAAUAAUAUGUCUCGUGCCUUCCCCAAAUUUGAUAAUUGUUAGCUAAAAGGCAAUCAAAACCAUCAAGCAACUAUCUAAUUUGCAUCAGCAAUCAAUUUGUUGCGUCCUCCGAAACACUAAGUGCUACGAAGCUCGACGAAGCAUACUUCAUUCCAUCCCAUACUACCCCGCCGAUUUAAUCACACUUCUGACGACCUUUCCGUUGUGCCACAGCGUGCCACAAACACCAGGACACUUUUGAAUAAUACCGCAAACUUAACUGGUUAAUAGAUAGCAUCGUUUUGCAGAACCAGCGGUAGUCUCCCUUUCCGCCAGUGCUGGUGUUCUUCCGUUCCCUGCUCUCCGUGUAGCGCGUCUGCGUAACUCAGAAAGGGUUGGAGUAGUAAUGAAAAUGUAUUCAACAUCCUUCAUUGCUUCAUACCGUUCCGGCCGGACCGAUGUUCUGUACACGCAUCCCUCCCUCGAUCAUUCAAUCCCACGGGAAUGGCUGCAAUAAUAGAAGACAAGGACACAAUCCUAGUCUUGAUUGCUGGGGAGAGAGUUGGCGCAAAAGCACCGACAAAUUGGGGAUCUUGUUUCUGUUGAAUUCUGUUCCCUUGAUUCCUCUUCCCCUGCUUUUUGUUGGUUUAAUGAGGGGUUAGAAAUAGGCCAAAGGGACAAAUUAAAUAUUAUUGUUUAAUUUCUUUUCAGCCAAACAUGCGCCAUCUUUUGAUCGAAAGGAUUUCGCAAAGACCUCAUUGCUCUAUUGCUCACAAAGCUUACACUGUAGCUGUGAUUUACGCGAUGAAGCAGACAAGAUACGUUAAAGCACAUCCGUCCAAAACUUUCCAGACAAAUGCCUCAAUAAGCUACACAUUUAUCGGCCCAUAUUAUUCCAAUCCAACUUCAUCCAUCUUGUUUGCCCGACCUUUGAUGACUUCUUACAUCUCAGCUUUCGGGCAACGAGAAGCAUACGCUCGGGAUGUCAUUCGUUCUGUCCUACCGAACCGUUCUGCCCUAAACGCCACGAGCGAAGAAGGUUAAACCAGGCCAACCAUCUGCAGUCCUCGCUGCUUUUGCCGUACACCGAAAGCCGUAUCACAAAAAUCCCACAAAAACUAACUAUCCGCACGACCGCAGAUGCCCGUACGGCAUCCGGAUUUGACAAUAAAAAUUUCGAGAAAGAGAGUUCUGACAGAGAAAGAGAGUGUGGUAAGGGUGGCGCAGUGAGACCUCAACGAAAGCAGCAGAAAUUGCUAUAUUGGUAUCUGCAACGUGGAAAGGAAAGGCUCCCACAAAUUGCUGCGGAUGGACUGGACGUAACUUUUGCCUUUGCUUUUGAGACACAUUUUGGGCACAUUUGGACGUACUGCAUAACUGGCUGCUUAUAUUAGGUCUUUCUCCAUGUCUUAUUAGAGUUACUAUUUCAUUUCAAAAUUUCAAUUUUAAUUGCCUAAUUUUCUCAUAUAUUUAAGCUCUCCAUUAAAGUUGCACAUUCAAAGAUGGAACUCACAGCACGGUUCCUCGCUAUCAGACGACAUUUCAAAGUAUUCCCGACCCCGAAGCAUAUGUUUCCCGCUAAUUUGAUUGUUUUUAAUUUUACAAAACACACGCUUUUACACAUUAAUUUCACAUUUCUCGACACACUUUCGUAUCGUUUGCCCAUCGUGCCCCCAUAGCGACACGUGUUCUUUGAAUUAAAUAAACAGGGAAUUCUUCGAAAACGCGGUGCGAAUGCAAAUUGCAUACAAAUGCGCAGAAAACAAUUUGUAUUGAUUGUUAGCUAGAGCAACGGGUUUUCCGGUAGGCGCACGACAUACUUUUAUUUCGCAGCGAUACAGCGCUACACUGUGCAUGUGUAAUUAACAUAUGUUUCCCUCUAUCCGCGUUUUCCAGCUCCGGGAACAAAUGUUUAAUCAUUUUUGCACAACUCCAACAUACGCUUGAAAGGAACGCGAAUCAGAAGCCAGAGAACGGGAUCAAAUACUAUCCUUGGAACCGGUUCCGUGAAUGUUAGGUAACCUACUUAACCUCUCACCUCGUGGAAUUGUGAGCUGUGUGAAAUGGAACAGUCUUUUUUUUUCAUUAAAAUUAUGUCACUUCCACGCAGUUAUUUCGCGGUAUGUCGCAAUUUGUAUUACCUUUGCGUUUCCACUUUUCCUGAAAAGCUUAAAACACAAAUCAGCGUAGAAAACCUCACCGUACAAAUGGACACGGGCACGUGUAGAGAGUCCUUGAGCUAGGAAGAUGCAAAGUAAAGCGGCUGAACACGUCCACACUACCACUGUCCACUGUGUCUAGUGUCUAGGACUUCCAGGCUUAGUACAUAGCAGGCCUUGUCGUGUCAGCUCUGUGGUCAUGGUGAGAAAGUACCAUAAUGUUUCAUGGCUUACUGGGAGAACAAAAACAAAACCUUACUCUGCACACCAAAAACUCAUCGUCGGUGUGUCGGUGUCGUUCCCACUUCGCUUCCGGAAUGCAGUCCAGUUUGCCAUAAAUUCCCAUUUGUAUUCCAAUUUAAAGUUGAUAACGUUCGCUAUCCUUUUCUUUGUCUGUUAAC